UUUAUGAUGAUCUUAAUAGAGUGUCGCUCUUCUGGAAAAAGAUUUGAAAGCAAGAAAUGAACAGGUACACUUCAUGGAGAGAGAAUUAGUUCUAUCUGGAGAUCAGGUCAAUAAUUUAGAACGACAAAUGACGGAAGUGAAACAUCGGUUGGGUGAAAAAGAUGAAAUGAUUUCUCAACUAAGACACGAAAAUCGUGAGAUCAGGAGUGAAAACCAUGAAAAUAGAGCUAAAAUGCAAGAGAAACUUGCUAAUGAAAAAGAUAAAAUGAAGAGAAUAAUGGAGAGAAGAUUGGCUGAAAAGCAAGCUGAGUUGGAGGGAAAAUUAUGCUUCAGUGGUGAAAAGUUUAGGUUGCUAAGAGAAAUAUUGAAUGCUGGUGAAUGGGAUGACCUUAUAGAUAUGAAUGGCCCGCCACUACCCUCAGCUGGUCCCUCUACUGUUCCUUCUGAUUCAUCUGUACCACAAACGAGAUCCAAAAAAAGAUCUUCUGCCAGUGAAUCGUCAGUAACAGAAGUGAAAAUGACCAUUUCAAGAUCUUCUAAUGGUAAUAAGACAUGUAUUGUUAUAGCUUUCAUCAUGUAAGUUUUGAAUAUUUUG